AUGGGAAAGAAGUCCGAUGGCAAGGAUUGGAAGGCUACCAGUGCUGCGAAAGCGGCUGAGGCUCUGGCUGCGCGCAGCGGCGGGUUUGGCGGGUUCUCCGGCCUCCAGCCCGUCGCUGGCUUCGGCUUCGGACCGCCGCCCGCCGCGGCCGCCGCCUCAGCUGCAGCUGCCGCCGGCGGCGACCCGGCUCUGCCUGGCGCCCUCGACUCGGAGAUCGCCCAGUGCCUGCGCCACCUGUCCAAGAAGGACGCCACCACAAAGCUGAAAGCUCUGCAAACCCUGGGCGACCUCGCGCGGCGCCGGCCGGCCGCGGACGCCGCGGCGGCGCUGCCGCCCUGGGGUUACCACUUCAAGCGUCUCCUGAUGGACCCGGCGAAAUCGGUCCGGUCCGAGGCGUGCGCGACCAUGGGCGCCCUCGCGGCCGCGGUCGGCAAGGCGCUCGCGCCGCAGCUGCGGGCGCUGCUGCCGCCGUGGUGGGGCGCCACGUUUGACCCUUACGCUGACGUGGCAGCAGCAGCGCGGCGGACGCUGGCGGAGGCGUUCCCAGGCCCAAAGCAGGCGGGCGCGCUGGUCUUCUGCAGGUCCGACGUGGCCGACCACAUCGCCGAGUGCCUGGCGUCCACACCCCAGUCACUGGGUGACCCGCGGAAGGACUCCCCAGAGGAGAUGGAGGAGCGCCACGAGCGCGUCGUCGCCGCCGCGCUGUCCGCGCUCGCCGCGCUUCUGCGGGCGCUGUCCGCGGCCGCGGCCGGCGGCGGCGGCGGCGAGGCGGCGGCGGCGGGGGCGACGGACACGCAGCAACAGCAGCAGCAGCAGCAGGCGGCACAGAAAGCGCUUUCAGACGUCCAGGCGCGGGCAGAGCAGAUCCUCUGCGGCCCAGGAUUCUUCAAAAAGCACUUUGGCUCCAAGAGCGCCCUGGUGCGCCGCAGCGCCUACGGCAUGCUUUCAGGCGUCUGCUCCGCCGCGCCGCAGCUUCUCGGCGGCUGCCUCGACGCGGCGUCGCAAGCAGCGCUUGGGGCGCUCGGGGAGCGUGAGCCGGCUAACCACCCCGCGAUGUGGGAGAUGGUGCUGACAUUCGUGAACGCCCAGGCGCCCGCCUGCUGGCAGCAUGUGAGCUGCCAGAAGAUGCUGCUGCCGCGCCUGUGGGCACUGCUGCGGCACGGCUGCUACGGCUCCGCAGUGGGAUCCCUGCCGGCGCUGCUGCCGUUUGUUGCGGCGCUGCCGCGGCAGCUGCUCGCGCCGGCAGCGCCGCCUGCAGCGCCGGCGGAGGCGCGGGACGUCCAGCAGCUGCAGCAGCAGGAGCAGCAGCAGCAGCAGGAGGAGCAGGAGGAGCAGCUGCAGGAGCAGGGGCAGCCUUUCAUGGCAAGCCUGUGCGACGCGCUGUGGCAGGGGCUGCAGCACUGCGGCGGCGGCCUCGGGCGCGCCGCGACCGUUGCGGCGUACACCGACGUCCUUGGCUGGGCGAUGCGCAGCAGCAGAAGGCUGUGCCUGGCGGGCGAGCAGCAGCCGGAGGGGCAGCAGGCGGCGGGAGACGAGGAGUCGCUGCAGCGGCGGUACUGCAGGCAGCUGCUCGCGGCCCAUUUCUCGCCCGUCCUGCUGCCGCUCGCGCUCGGCGGGGGCGCGGGCGCGGAGGCGGCCGCGGCGGCGGCGGCGCGCGACGUUGUGACUGCGCUGCUGCUGCAGCUCGUGGCGCCGCCAGGCGCAGCGGCGACCAAGGACUCGCCUGUGUUGGUGGAAGCUGAAGAGGUGAUCGCUGCCGUGGGCGUGGCAGCCUCGGCGGCGCUCGCGCCGCUGCAGGAGCAGGAGCAGGAGGAAGCGGACGCCGCCGGUGCAGAUGCGUCGAUCGAAGCGGCGGUCGCGCGCCUGCGACAGAUCGUGGAGGCCCUGGACCCGUCUGACAGCAGCUGCCCAGCCGCUGCCCGCCAGGCCGCCGGCCGCCUCGUCCGCGCCGCCGCCGCCGCGCUCGCGCCGCGGCUCCAGUCUGGGCGCCCGCUGCCGGCGGCGGCCAGCGCCCUCCUGGCCGACGGGGUGCGGCGCUUCGGUGUGGCGGCGGCCACAGGGGCGGGCGGCGGCGGCGGCGGCGCGCUCGGCAUGGUUCGGGCGCUGGUGCGCGCAGGGGCCGAGGCGCCUUUGGAGACGGCCGGCUCUGACGCCGCAGCGGCCGCGAGCGCCGCCCUGCUCGUCGAAUGCCUGCAGUCGCCGGACGACCCGGCGGCCGCGUGGGAGGACGUGAUCACGCAGCUGCUGCUCGGCGCGGACGCCGCGGGCGCCCCCUUGGAGCGGCGCCUGCGGUUUGCUGCGCUGCUGCUGGGGCGCCUCGCGGGGGGCGCGGGCGCGCUUGGCACCUGGCGGUGCGGCGCUUUAGAUGCAGGCGCCCUGCGGCUGUUUGAGUCCGUGUCUCUGGAUGGGGCCGCGGCCGGGGGCAGCGGCGGGGGCGAGGCACGGGAGGCGCUUUUGGAGUUGUUGGCCCAGCCGGCGGCGCUCGCGGUGCUGCUGCCCGCGGUGUUUGAGCUCUCUUGGGGCCACCCCGGCGAGCGCGAGGCUGCGGCGGCGGCCGAGGACGAGGCGUUGAGCGUGUGGGCGGCCGAGGGCGGCGCGAGCAGCAGCGACAGCAGCAGCGGCGACGACGACAGCGGCGCCGGCAGCGGGGACGAGGCCACCUCUGAUGGCAGUGGGGAGGGAAGCAGCGACGCCGGCGGCGGCGAGGGCGGCGGGGCGGGCGGCAGCGCCGACGAGGGCGAGAGCGGACCGGUCGCGGCCGCACGUGCGGCCGCGGCGCGGCUCUGGGAUGGCGGGGAGCUGCUGGCAGUUGCGCUGGAAUGCAGCACGGCUCCGGAGCUCGAGCAGGCCACGGGCGGUGCCGCCGACCGAGUCGUGGAUGGUGUUCAAGGCGCGUGCGCGUCCGCGGCGGCGGGCGGCGGCGCCGCGGCCGGCGCAGGGAGCAUCUGGGCGCACCGCGCGGCUGCGGCGGCGCGCGGCCUGCGCGGGCGCCCGCACCUGCGCGCGGCGCUGCUCGAGCGCGCGCUGUCCGCGGCGCCGGGCUGGCAGGCGUGGUGUACGCCACGCGGCGCCGGGGGCAGCGGCGGCAGCGGCGGCGGCAGCGCGCUGAUGACAGAGGUGGCCGCCGCCCUCGUUCUGAGGGUCGGCCCGGCUGAGGCGCUGUCCGCGUCGCAGCAGCUGGCGGCCGCAGCGGCCGCGCCAUCGCCGGGCAGCGCGGGCCCUGAGCGCGCACUGUGGCUCCUGGGGGAACUUCUCUGUGCCCAAGAGGCAGCCAGCACGGGCGCCAGCGGCGGGGCGGCGGCAGCGGCAGCUUCCAAGUUGGCGGAUGCUGCGUCCCUCCUGCUGCGCCGCGCGUUGACGGACGCCUCCGACGGCGCCGCGGCUGACGAGGCGCUCGCGGGCCUGCUGCGCACGCUGUGGCGCGGCGCGGCGUCAGCCGACGGCGCAAGCGGCGGCGUCAACGUGCACGCGGCCGCGCUGAUCCGCGUGCUGCGCGCCGCCGCCGCGCCCGCGCUGCUGCCGCUGCUCGCGUCGUUCUGCUCGCAGCAGCUGCUGCCCUCCGCGUCGCAGGCGGGCGGCCUCGCGCCGGCGGCGGCGGCGGCGCUCGAGGCCGUCGUGGGCGCGCUCGCGCCCGCGCUGCGGCGCGGGGGCGAGGGCGCCGUCUCUGCCUCGGGUCUUGACGCGAUGGCGGUCGCCGUCUGCCGCCAAGCCGUCGACGCCGGCGCCGGCGCCGGCGGCUCGGGCGGGGGCGAAUAUGGGGCGCCCGGCGCGCGGAGGCUGCGGCUGCUGCGCCUGGCGGUCGCGCACUUCCCGGUCGAGCUGGCUGGCGAAGGCGGGGCGGCCGCGGCGGCGGCGCCGCUCGUCGGAGCCAGCACUGCCAACGAGCGCGCUGCCCUGAUGGCGCUGCUGCGCCACGCCAGCAGCGGCGCGGGCGGCGGCGGCGAGGACGGGGAGGAGGGUGAGGCCGAAGAGCGCGAGCGGCUCGCGUCGGCGCUGCAGCUGCGGGGCGUGUGCUACGGCUGGGGCGACAUGGCGGCCGCGGAGUGGCACGCGGUGUUGCGGGACGUCCAGCGCCACGUCGGCGCCGCGCGCCAGGAGGCGCAGCGCGCGGCGGGGCGGCUCGCGGCGGCCGCGUGCGGCGCGGCGGCGGCGCUGCUGGAGGGUGCCGACGGCGGCGGCGGCGGUGGCGGCGUGAUUGCGCCCGCGACCGCGGUGCAGCUGCUAUUGAAGCUCUCGGGCAAGGGGCUGCUCCGCCGCCACGCGGCCUACGAGCAGCUUCUCGGCAGCUUCCAGCAGGUCCUCGGCGGCGCCAGCCUCGGCGUGUGCUGGCUGCCGAGCCUGCAGCUGCUGGGCGCGGUGCUGCGGCUGCAGCCGGAGAUCCAAACGCGCGGCCGCGCGCCGCAGCUGCAGCUCGCGCUCGGCGCCGCGCAGGCGGAGCUUUACGCCCUAGUCAUGGCGCUCGGCGCGGCGCUCGCGGUCGCGUCCGCCGCCGGCGCGGCCGCGGCCGCGCCCGUGCUGUCGUGGCUCGACGCGCGCGCGGCAGCCGGCGAGUGGCGGCUGUUGGCCGGGUGCCUCGAGGGCGCGGGCGAGGAGGCGGCGGCGCAGGCGCUCGGCGCCGCGGACGCGCGGUGCGAGAUGGUGGGGUUCGACUCGGUCGGCUGCCUGCUGGCGUUGCUGUACUGCCCCGCGGCGUCCGUCGCCGCGGCGACGCACCACCACCACCACCAUCACCAUCAUGCCGGCUGCGGCCGCCACCAUCAAGCGCACCACAAACAGCAGCAGCAGCAGCAGCAGCAGCGCGCCGGCCACGGCGCCGGCGUCACAAGCGGCGGCGCGGCGCCGCCGGGCGCGGGCUGCGCGGCGCUCGAGGCUGUCGCGUGGCGGCUCGCGCUGCAGCCCCAGGCGCUUUCGUUGGUCACUUACGUCGAGUCAGCUGCCGACGACGCCGGCGAGGGCGGCGCGCCCGAAUUUGACGAUGUGGAUGCUGUCGCGUUUCUGACAGAGCGGCGGCGGCGCCGCGUGGCAGGCCGCGCUGCCGCAGUGGGCGCUGCUGCUCGCGCACCUGCUGUCGCUGCCGCCGCGCGGCGACGCGGCGCGGCGGCUGGCGCAGGCGCUGCGGGACGUGCCUGA